CGGACAUCUCCAGGAUGUGUGAUGUGGAUGUGUCCUCUGAGCCCACCAGUCCCACCCUGUACAGUGAGUCUUCAGACAAGUACUACCAUGUGGACCGCUGGCAGAAGCUCCGCACCGCAGUCCGCAAACUGGAGUUCUGGGAGAACUUUACCGCUGAGCUAAUCGGAAGUGGUUUCUUCUCUAAAGUCUAUAAGGUGAUGCAUAGCACCAGUCGGAAGGUGAUGGUGGUGAAGAUCUAUAAAAACGACGUGGACCAAGACAGCAUCGUACGAGAGAUCAGCCUGUUGCAGAAGCUCUCCCACCCCAACAUCGUCAGAUAUCUGGGAAUCUGUGUCAAGGAAGACAAACUCUAUCCGAUCUUAGAGUAUGUCAAUGGUGGCUGUGUAGAGGAGCUUCUGGCUAGGAAAGAUGUUCCCCUGUGCUGGAGAGAGAAGGUGGACCUGGCCUGUGAUAUAAGCAGGGGGAUGAUCUACCUGCACUACAAGAACAUUUACCACAGAGACCUCAACUCGAAGGUAAGACCUUCUGUCACUGUCCCACUGUGUCCUGUUAUUUAACUGCUGCAACAGUCCAGUGUACCCACAGGGAUCAUUCAACUUUCAUUUCAUCUCUCAUCAGCUGCCACCACAGAGACCUCACAGGGGUCAACUGUGCUUGAUACUUGUAAGCUCAACUGCUAGAAUAUAAGACCAUUGGGAUAGAUUGAGAACAGAGAGAACAUAAGCCUAUACUGAAGUCCCCCUCCAGUCAGAAAGAAGUGUGUCUUCUUGUUGAUACAGUGUGAUGUUUGAAUGCUGUCUGACACUAAAAGGAUGUUUUCAUUUAUUUCAACAUUCAUCUGCUUAAAAUUUCUCUGUGCUCAUUAAAAAUCUGAUUUUAAGGGGCGGGG